UGGGGGGCGGGGACCAGGCAGGGCUUUCCCCACGUCCGUUGCACCUUCCGAGCCCGGCUGGGCCUUUCUCGAGGCCAAGCCCCCCGGUCCCGCAUAAAGGCUCUAGAGGUGCUCGAGCCAGGCCUCCGGCCGUGCUGGGCGCAGAACGGCAUCCGCGGAGUCGGGCAUCGGCGCGGGGCUGGAGUCCGCGUGGCGAACUGUGUUCACCCGGAUCUGGGUCACGUCUCCCGACACCCAGCGAGAUCGAAGCCGAGCUUGCCCUCGAACUGCAGCAAUAGAGACUGAGGUUAGACCUGACGAGAGGAGGGAGCAGCGAACUGUUCAGGAUGGUGGAGUGGGGGGGGGUAGGGCUCUCUCAGGCCGGGAGAGACCGCCAUCCUACGGGGCCGAGCCGAGAGAGACGCGGCCUACAGUAGGCAGGUGGACAGCUGGGCUGAAGGCUGAGCGCCUGCAGAUCCUACACUGAUCCUGUUUGGGGUCUUUCCUCCCCGACUCCCUCCACCCUAAGACCUAAUGUUGGGAAGGUGGUCAGAGUUCAGGGGGCUGGCCCCGCGAAGAAACCUGGACUGUCAACUCGGUGUGGGGUGUGGGGCGUGGACUGGAGACCUUAAACCAUGGCCGCUGGGGGCGGGGGGGAGGGGCAAGAGGGCAUGCUGCGCCCCACCCAUUUAGCCCCACCCUCCCAACAGGUUAAAGAUGGAGAGUUCAGUCCCAACUGCCAUCUAGAGCUGCAAUGUCCCUGAGAGUAACUACACGUUUUAUCCCAUCCUUCCUUUGCCAAAGCUAGGAGCCUCUUCCUACCUGGGUUAGGCACUCCCUCCCUACUUUACAGAGCUGCCUUGACCCAUGCACCCAUCCCUUUUGACAUCAGAAGUCUCUCUCCUGCCACCCAUUCCCCACCCCACCCCCACAAACACGGAAUCUGGCCUAGCUGUGUGAGUUGUUGACUUUCUGGAAGGAAAGUGGGGUUCUGCUUGGUAUCUGACCCCAAGUGGACACUAGCAGCCUCCAAGCCCACAGCGAGAGUUGGUUGCCGUACGUUGUGUGCUUGUCUCUGGAUGGAUGUGAUCGUGUGUUUGAGGACUCUGCAGGUCACACAUGCACUUGACCCUUCUGUGAAUGAGUGUACCUGACCCAUUGUAUGACUGGGCUUAUGUGCAUAUCCCUGCACACACGUGUAUGUGCAGGACCCCCUCCUUGAAUACGUGUCCAAUCUCUAUAUGUAUAUGUGUAGGUUUAUAAUCCUCCUCGUCAACCUCUGAGGAUGUGUGACUUACUGAAUGAAUGGAUGCCUGAAUACAGCCUUACAUGUGAAUAUGUGUGAGCACACAUGACCAUGGCCCUCUGUGUGGGCACAGACCCCCUGUGAAUGUGUGUGUGUGUGUGCAUGACUCUCCUGUGAAUACAGUUGUGUUCACAGCCCUCUUUGUGAUCAUGUGUGUGUGUGCCCAUGUGCAUGUAUCACCCUCUUCUGGACACGUGUGACUCUUUGAGUAGACCUGUAUGUGUGCCACACUCUGAGUGGCUCCUCUGACCUGGGUGUGCUCCUCCUGCCCAAUCCUAGAGACCCAUCCCUCCUAGCCAAACAGCCCUCCCCUCCCCCAGGGCUGAGCAAAUAGGAGGCCCCAAAGGUAAACAGGUGUCUCUCCACAGUGGGGAGUGGGUUGUGGGGCAUGGGCCUGGGGCCUCCUGCUGCCUCAGCUCCCAGCCCAGGAGCUGUGCCCUCUCAUGGUCCAGGGACCCUCCUCUCCCUCCCGUCCUCCACCUUAUACUGCUUUCUCCCCCUCUGGGCUCUGCCCACUAUAGUGCUAACCUUCACCUCUUGAAUAAACUGCUCUAACUUCCUGUUCUCCCUCUGGGCAGCUCCUGGGCAGCUGCUGUUCCCUCCCCUCUCUUCAAGGCCAAAUAGUUAAUAUUUGACCUGGAAGGGAGCGGGAGAGGCUGGUGGCCCCUCAGGCCCUGUCUGUGGACCUCCUCUGCAUCUCACCCAGCCCUGGAAACCAUCAGGAUCCCUCAGAGAUCAGAAGGCCUGGCCAUCACCACCACCCCGGUCCCCAGCUGGUUGGCUUGAGGGAGGAUCCAGAAAACGGACCUCAGAGAAGCAGGACUCACUCCACUGUCUGGAGCAGGGUGACCCCAUCAGUGACCUACAACUCCUGUGACCCCACAACUCCAUCCUUCACCAUGGAGUUUGUAUUUGGCACAGAAAGGCUGUGUGUGAUCCAUCCCACCCUCUGACCAGUUGGAAUUCCAUGGCCGCACAAUCUUGGGACCCCAUGUCUCCCCAAUUCCAGGACCCCCCCUGGCCCCACGACUCCAUGACCCCUGUGGCCUCAUGACCCUGACUUUCCACUUGACCCCCCUGGACCUUGAUUCCUGUGCCUAUUCUUCCCAGUCUCCCCCUUUGACUUUGGCCCUGGCUCCCCUUGGGGUUCUUGUUCGUCUGGACCCCCCCAUGAAGAUGUGGGGGAGGCUCUGGCCCCUCCUCCUGAGCUUUCUCACAGCAACUGCAGUCCCAGGACCCUCACCACAAAGACCAUCCAGAGAACUAGAUGCCACCCCUCGGAUGACCAUCCCCUACGAAGAGCUCUCUGGGACCCGGCACUUCAAGGGCCGAGCCCAGAACUACUCAACGCUGCUGCUGGAGGAGGCCUCGGCAAGGCUGCUGGUGGGAGCCAGGGGGGCCCUAUUCUCUCUCAGUGCCCACGACAUAGGAGAUGGGGCUCACAAAGAGAUCCGUUGGGAGGCCUCCCCAGAGAUGCAAAGCAAAUGUCAUCAAAAAGGGAAAAACAACCAGACUGAGUGCUUCAACCACGUGCGGUUCCUGCAGCGGCUCAAUGCCACCCACCUCUACACGUGCGGGACUCACGCCUUCCAGCCCCUCUGUGCAGCCAUUGAUGCCGAGGCCUUCACCUUGCCAGCCAGCUUCGAGGAGGGGAAGGAAAAGUGCCCGUAUGACCCAGCCCGUGGCUUCACAGGCCUCGUCAUCGACGGAGGCCUCUACACAGCCACACGGUAUGAAUUCCGGAGCAUUCCUGAUAUCCGCCGGAGCCGCCACCCCCACUCCCUGAGGACUGAGGAGGCACCGAUGCACUGGCUUAAUGAUGCUGAGUUUGUGUUCUCCGUCCUGGUGCGGGAGAGCAAGGCCAGCACAGUGGGUGACGACGACAAGGUUUACUACUUCUUCACGGAGCGUGCAGCAGAGGAGGGCUCCAGCAGCUUUGCUCCAAGCCGCAGCAGCCACCGCGUGGCCCGGGUGGCCCGUGUCUGCAAGGGAGACCUGGGAGGGAAGAAGAUCCUGCAGAAGAAGUGGACAUCCUUCUUAAAGGCGCGUCUCAUCUGCCACAUUCCACAGUAUGAGACCCUGCGUAGCAUCUGCAGCCUGGACGCUGGCACAUCAGCCCACACACGCUUCUAUGCAGUCUUCAUGCUGACCACACAGUGGAAGACCCUGGAGGCCUCAGCCAUCUGCCGCUAUGACCUGACUGAGGUGCAGGCUGUCUUCGCAGGCCCCUACAUGGAGUACCAGGAUGGUCCCCGGCGCUGGGGCCGCUACGAGGGUGGGGUGCCUGAGCCCCGGCCUGGCUCUUGCAUCACAGACUCGCUGCGCAGCCGAGGUUACAACUCGUCUCAGGACUUGCCUUCCCUGGUCCUGGACUUCGUGAAGUUGCACCCACUGAUGGCUCGGCCCGUGGUGCCCGCACGUGGGCGGCCCCUGCUGCUCAAGCACAAUGUGCGCUACACACACCUCACAGGGACACCUGUCACCACACCUGCCGGACCCACCUAUGACCUGCUUUUCCUGGGCACAGCUGAUGGCUGGAUCCACAAGGCUGUGGUCCUGGGCUCUGGGAUGCAUAUCAUUGAAGAGACACAAGUGUUCAGGGAGUCCCAAUCUGUGGAGAAUCUGGUCGUCUCUCCUGUGCAGCACAGCCUCUAUGUGGGGGCUCCUAGUGGAGUCGUCCAGCUACCACUGUCCAGCUGUUCCCACUACCACUCUUGCUACGACUGCAUCCUGGCCCGGGACCCCUACUGCGCCUGGGACCCCAGCACCCAGGCCUGUGUGGCAGCCACCACUGCAACCAACAGGACAAAAGUGCUGAUACAGGACAUAGAGAGAGGAAACCGAGGCUGUGAGGGCAUCAGGGACACAGGGCCACCACCACCAGUGAAGACCCGCUCUGUGCUCCGGGGUGACGAUGUCCUCCUGCCCUGUGACCAGCCAUCCAACUUGGCCCGGGCCUUGUGGCUGCUCAAUGGGAGCAUGGGCCUGACCGACGGGCAGGAUGGCUAUCGUGUGGGCGUGGACGGGCUUCUGGUGACAGACACACAGCCGGAGCACAGUGGCGACUAUGGCUGCUAUGCUGAGGAGAAUGGUCUCCGCACCCUGCUGGCCUCCUACAGCCUCACAGUCCGGCCAGCCACUCCUGCGCCGGCCCCACAGGCCCCGGCCACACCCGAGGCACACCUGGCACCCGACAUGAGGCUGCUGUAUGUGCUGGCCAUUGCUGUCCUUGGUGGCCUCUGCCUCAUCCUGGCCUCCUCCCUCCUCUACAUGGUCUGUCUGCGGGGAGGCAGCCGAGGGCGCCGACGGAAAUAUUCCCUGGCUCGGGCCGGCCGGGCAGGGGGCUCUGCCGUACAGCUGCAGACAGUCUCGGGCCAGUGCCCUGGAGAAGAUGAUGACGGCGAUGAUGGAGACGGGACCGGGGACCUGGAGGGCGGCUGCCUCCAGAUCAUUCCCGGAGAGGGAGCCCCAGCCCCCCCACCCCCACCACCGCCCCCACCCCCAACGGAGCUGACCAAUGGGCUGGUAGCACUGCCCAGCCGGCUGCGCAGGAUGAAUGGCAACAGCUAUGUGCUCCUACGGCAGAGCGACAAUGGGGCGCCAGCGGGGCCCUGUUCCUUUGCCGAGGAGCUCAGCCGCAUCCUCGAGAAGAGGAAGCACACGCAGCUCGUAGAGCAGCUGGAUGAGAGCUCUGUCUGAGCCCAGAUUCCCUGGACAAAUGCUCUUCCAAGACUGUCCCAUCAGCCCCGGACUGGGCCGCUGCCACCCCACCUUCACAUACUCCGCUCCAGGCCCUUCUCCCAACUUUUUGAUGUUCCCAUAGGGCUUGCCAGGCAGGCCCAGCCAAAGCCCUCUCCUCUGCCUCCACAGAGCCACUUGUGAGCAGCCUAGGCCCUCCGGUGCUCCUCAGAGGUAGGUGUUCCCUCAGGUCCAGGUGUGCAGACCCAGCCCAGUGUCCCUCUCCAUAACUGAGAGCUUGGGAGGGGAGGAUACCACUCUCCUGCCCCAUUCGUCUGCCCAAACCUUUCCUCCUUCUCCUAGGCAGGGCUCUGCGGGUCCAGAUGGCCUCAAUGUCACCCCAGCCCUGUGUGCUGGUCCUAAGCCAGACAAGACCUCAGCCAGCCACCAGAGCCACCUGAGCCCUGCACAUACUCACGUGAGCACAUGGAAGGAAGUCUACCUGCUGGGCUGCAGCAUCCGCCCCUCCCUCCCUCCUGGUGCAUUCUAUAUCAUCCCUUCCUCUGGGCUUUGGGGGCCCUACUGGUUGCCACAUCCCAUCCUAUCCAGGCCCUCCUCCCUCCCAGCCCCACGUGGUGACCUCUUUAGCAAGAGCUUGGGAACAAACUAGUCUGGGAAGGAAAGACUGCAUCAUUCCUUGCUGCUUCUCCCUUCCUGUGCACCCUUUGUGAUGGCCUCUCCAUUCCCCCUGGUCACCCUCAAGUGAUAGAGACAGAGCUCUAGGCAUGGCCCUCCCUCAUACAUACACAGUAACACAUAAACCUAUAUCAUACACACACGUGCUUACAUUUCCACUCAUGCAUCGUCUGAGCCUCCCCUGGGAUGCCUGUCAGGUUGGUCUGUGGACAUUUCAGAAGGAGAUGCCCCCUCCCAUCUAGCUGUCUUCACAGGCCCCUCCCUAGGACAGGUGAACAAUACUGCAUUCAAUGAGCCAACCUCCCUUUUGGGGACCAAGCAUUUGCUACCCCUGGACCAGAGGAGGGAAAGGGAGGAGAGAUCUGAUGCCUCACCUGGCACGUGAAGCCCAUUCUUGGAACUAUGCAAAGGGCAGAGGCUGGGAGUUUGGAUGCUUGGCUCCCAACCCUGUCCUACCUCACCGGGGCAUUUUCAGGGUCCGGGGGCCUCUGAGGUCUCCAGGCCCCAAGGGACAAUCAAAUCUUGACUGGGCUCCCCCAUUUCCCUUGGAUGAGGAUGACUGUUAUUUUUGUAGCUAAGAACAUGGGCUACCACGGGUUUUUACUGCCCUUCACUCAAUCUCUUCUCCCACCUCCACCCCACAAUGAAUGUAUUUAUUGUGCCCCCACUUACCACCCCAGGUGGGAGGAACAGGCAUGUGACCGAGUGGGGAGCCUGGGCUUAGCUCCUCCCCCAGUGGUUAAUAAAUACCCACUUUUCCCACA